UUUUGUCCUCCAAGACUUGUUUCUGUCUUUCUUCCCCUUUUGUCCUCCAAGACUUGUUAAAAAGACUUAAGAAGAGGAAUCGAUCAUUUUGGAAUUCUCCAUAAUCUGAAAAAAAUGGUGGCUCGAAGGUUCGUUGUACGCCACGAAGAUUCGAGCUUCGAGGUCGACUACGACACUGAAGAUGGCCUUGAGGUCUUACGAUUUCAAAUCUUCUCUCUCACUUUGGUUCCUCCUGAAGAACAAAAGAUCGUUGUGGAAGAUGAUGAUCGAUUGGUAUCAGAUGAGUCUGAUCUCGCUUCUAUAUCCGAUACACUUCGAUUGCUCUCAAUCGAAGGAGGAGGAGAAGGUUCUGUUGAGACUUCAGAUGCUGAAAUGGUGAAAUCAGAUGAAGAAUUGGCUCGAAUGCUGCAGGCAGAAGAAGAUGCGAUGAUGUUUCAGCAGUUUGUUGCAGCACGAGAUAACGGUGGAUUCGAAGGGAGAGUUAGGCCUUAUGUCAGCCAAGUUCUCAUGUAUGAAGAUCCAGCCCGUCAAGAAGCUGCUCGAAAGACUGUUCCUAAAGACGAGCUCGAAGAGAAAGCAUUGGUUUCUCUUGCCAAGGAGGGGAAUUUCGAACCAUCGAAAAAGGAAAAGGAAGAUGCUUUCCUGCUUCAGCUACUUUUCUGGUUCAAAAGAUCCUUCAGAUGGGUCAAUGAACCUUCUUGUGACUUUUGUGGUAACAAAACCAUAGGCCAGGGGAUGGGUGACCCACUUACCUCAGAGCUUGCUUAUGGAGCUAAUCGAGUUGAAUUAUAUCGCUGUACCAUGUGUCCAACAAUUACUCGUUUCCCUCGGUACAACGAUCCACUAAAGCUUGUAGAAACAAAGAGAGGUCGUUGCGGAGAGUGGGCAAACUGCUUUACGCUAUACUGCCGCUCGUUUGGCUAUGAUUCUCGUUUGAUACUGGACUUCACAGAUCACGUCUGGACGGAAUGCUUCUCUAACUCGUUGGAGAGAUGGAUCCAUCUUGACCCUUGUGAAGGAGUGUAUGACAAACCCAUGCUAUAUGAGAAAGGAUGGAAUAAGAAAUUGAAUUAUGUUAUAGCGAUUUCCAAGGAUGGAGUUUGUGAUGUUACUAAGCGAUAUACAAAGAAAUGGCAUGAGGUUUUAUCUAGAAGAACUCUCACAACUGAAUCAUCUUUGCAAGAUGUUCUUCGAACCCUGACAAGGGAACGGCGAAAUAGCUUAAUGUACCAGUCUUUACCUAAGCUUGAAACUCGAGACAGACAUGAGCAGGAAGAACUUGAGAGAAAUCUGUAUUCCCCAGAUGAUGCCUCAGUUUCUUUACCCGGAAGGCAAAGUGGUGACAGGGAAUGGCGCAUUCAGAGAUCAGAAUUUGGUUCAGAUGAAGAUUCCUCUGUCAGCUCUUCCUCUUGCCCAGUUCGCAAAUGCAUUGAUGACCAUGUGACCAACAUUUAUGACUCGUUUCUGCCUAUCCUGACUCAGUUAGUUGAGGUCGGCUUACCUGUAGCAAGAGCAGUUGAGGUACUUAAGAUGAUCAAGCAAGUCCUAGUUGAUCUGAAAAAUGAGCCGUACAAAACAAGGAAGGCUCGCUUGAGUUUAGACUUAGAUAGCUCAAGUUCGUUGCUGCAGCAGUUUCUACCUGCACUGGGUGGUUUGCUUCUCGCUGUUUCUUUAAAGAGUGAGAAAGAAGACACAGAUGAGAAAAGUGUCAUACUAUGCUUAGAUGGGAAACCCACAAAAACUGCUUUAGCAUUGCCCGUUGCAUUGGACGCUUUAAGGGAACUGGUCGCUGACCUCAACAAAUGCCAAAAUUUGAACAAAGAUUCACUGUCUUUCCCAUUUGUGAGACAAAAUAGGGUAUGCUCUGGUUCUGUACUCGCAAGUGGUGAAGAGCUUCCUGCUGGCAUUGCAACUGCAGCUUUUGAUGGAAUCCAAGAGUCCAAAUGGGAAGAACCAAAUGGUGCAAAAGGCAGUUGGAUUGUGUACAAAACACUCUACAACCAGAUGCACCAACUCAUAGCAUACGAGCUCAUGUCUGCUAACGAUGCCCCAGAGAGAGACCCCAAAGAUUGGAUUCUUGAAGGAAGCAACGAUGGUGGAUCGACAUGGUGUGUUUUAGACAAGCAAACUUGUCAGGUGUUCGAGGAGAGGUUCCAACGCAAAUCCUACAAAAUAACAACACCUAGAUUCCAAGCAAAUCUUUUCAGGUUCCGGUUUCUAAGUGUUAGAGACGUGAAUUCGACCUCGAGACUACACCUAGGUGGCAUCGAUCUGUACAGAAGCCACCCGUAAAAUCAAGGAUGCAACAUCAAAUGUAAUUUUUUUGUGUAUUAUAUAUAGAUCCAAAAACAACAGUUUGUUUGUCUUCACUUUCUGCAAAUUGGCCUUUGUUGUAUAAUGUGCAUGUGAAAGCUAUUGUUAUGGUUAUAAGUUAUAUAACAUGUAACUUCAUGAGACCAAUUUUGUUGUGU